AUGUUCGCGAAUGCGUUGGAGAACUGGCUGACGGUGGUGGCCGCCCUGAGCAUCUUUGGCUCGCUGCAGGCGUACCUCUCGACCAAUACGCUCAAGGACCGCCAGUUCUCUCUCGCCAAGAAUGAAGUCUCUCCGGUUGCUCGCCGCCUGUUCGGUGCCUGGACGCUGGUCGCUUCCCUCGUCCGCCUCCAGUGCGCUAUGGACUCGACGAACAAGGCCAUCUACCAGACCACCAUCGGCACCUUCCUGGUUGCCUUUGGCGUCUACGGCUACGAGUGCUUCGUCGCCAAGACCGUGCCGUUCAAGCACGCCCUCCCGCCCUUCAUCGUCGCCGGCACCUCGCUGGUCUGGAUGCUGUUCUUCCACUGA